CGGAAAUUGUGCUCUUUUCCGGUGAAAAUUCAACAUUUUUCAGAAUUUGAAUAUCCGACAAUCACGAUUCGUCAGAUUUUCUCAGAUUGUGAAUAACUUUCCAAAAAUUGAAUUUCUAGAAAAUUUCGGUAUUAUUUUUCGAAAAAUGUAGAAAAUUUGAAUUUUUCUGGCGGCAAAAGUUCACUAUCCGUUACAUUUGCCCAGGUUCUGAUUAGGGCUUCUACGGUAGGCAGGGGCGGUUUCAGGGCCUGCCUGAAGCCUGACCGCCUCAUGCCGGCCUUUUACCUAUUUUCUGCUUUUUGACGAGGAUUUACGUAUACACGUGGUGUUAGAGUGUCUCAUUUUGGCUUGAAUUACGUUGAUCUACAAAAAAUGCGGGUGAAGAGACGCAGAGUUCUCAACUGAUUUCGCAUGAUUAAGAACGUGCUGACGCCACAUUUUUUGGGCAAAAAAUUCCCGCAUUUUUUGUAGAUCAAACUGUAAUGGCCUGGUACCACGUGCGUAUACAUAAGGCGUGAGGCGGGCAGAGGUCACCUUCAGGCCAGGCAGGCAGGCGUUUUUACGCCUACAUGGAAGCCUUGCCUUUCUGAUCAAAUAAACAGCAGUUUUAAGUGAUUUCCUCGAAAUCUGCACCAAUUUUUGGCGAAUAACUCGAAAAAACCGCAAUAAUCUGCCCAACUUGAUCUCUCAAAAUCAUCAUCUCACACUUUUUCGAGUUUUUUUUUUCACUCUUUUUUUGUGUGUCACGGAGCCGCAAGUAGAAGACGUGAGUUUCAGAGAAGCAGAGCCCGACUUCUUCUUCUUCUUCUCCUCAACCGCCCAUUUCCUUGUCACUCUGCGUCUUCUCGAGAGAGCGUGAGAGUUGAGAGAAGCUAUGUAUCCUCCAAACUCCCAGCGGGGGGUCCUUGCUCUCCGCAAAAAAAAAAGAGGAAAAAAAAGAAGAAGAGAAGCAGCUCUGUCUCUACAUUCUCUCCUUUUCCUCCUCCUCCCCUCUAUACUUAUACUCGAAGCCAAACCCCAGAAGAGCUCGUCUGUUCUCUCUUAAAUUGUCUGGAAAACCACAAAUGACACCUCCUCUGGUACCGUAAUACUACAUUCUCCUCUCUCUCUGCAUAUUGAUUUUUGGGCCAAUUUUUCCUCAUAAAAUGUCAUCCAACAGGAAAAAAGGGAAUGGAGGUACUCGGAGCAGCAGCCACAACAACAGUAGAAGCAUGAUGCUCUCCUUGUUUAUGCUUCUCGCACAUCUGGAUCCAGCAAUCGCUGGCUCCGACAGGAGAUCGUACCACCCAAACCCGGACGCCGAACCAUACGGAAUCGUUCAACCAGCCUAUCCAUACGAUCCACAUCCGCUUUCCGUCCCCGAAUCGCUGGUCCAAUCGCCUCGCGCGAUCCUAUGCAACAAUCAGACCGAGUACGAGUGCGUCUGCAUGCGGCCCUACUCGUCACCGCAUUCGCCCGUUCGGCCGACACCUGCCGCUCCGGAUUGCAGUGUGUUCAUCAAGACCGAUGAUCUACCGGUGGUGGAUAUGCGAAUGCGACAGGUGAACACCGAGGCGAAACUCUACACCGGCGACAGUUAUGAGGAGUACUUCAAGCGACGGAUCUCGACUAUAGUCUCCCAUUACUGUCAGCACAAUGCGAAUGAGUGCCCGGGUGUUACUCUACGCAUGAGUCAUGUGAGUCAGGAAAUGCUCCAAAAAUUGAGCGAUGAAGAGGCCGACGAGCUUGAUCUAGACAGAUCGGUCGUGUAUGCCGAGCGUGACGAGUCGGACCCACUUUUCACAAAGGAAAAUGUUGUGAUUCUUCGUAUGGACCAUUUGAAGGGUAAUCUCACCAGAUUACUCUUCGUUUUGACGAAAAACGAUAGGAAUAAUGGAGUGGUGAAUGAGGAUACGAUUAUUGAUCCGAUUAAGAUCAAAUACAUCAUUGCCAGUCAAGUGGGACCACUUUCUCGCGUGCUCGGAGGCAUCAAAAUCGACAGUGUCCGCACGGCGAAGAUGAAGCGGAACUACGCAGUGCCAGCGGCUGGCGCUCUGAGCUACAUUACUCCAGAGCAACGGCUGGACAAUCAGAAGAGCAAUAAGACGUUGAUCACCAUCGUCUGUGCGAUUGCCACCUUUUUCGCUGCCACCUACUGCAUCGCAUUGAUUCAAUGCUUCCGGUGGGUGAGACGGAAGAGUAAAGCUAAGCGAGAAGCUAAGCUGGCAGAGACGAGCCAUGUCGCUUCAGUUGAUGCGAAGAAUUAUGGAACUUGUGAGAGCCAGAAGCGGAAGCCAUCGAGGAAUGGGCACAUGGUGCACGCCGAAGAGACAAUCCCACUGACCUAUGGCCAGAUUGAUGAGAUUCCAGACGACAACUCGCAGUCUCUUCCGCAGAGACAAAUGCGAAAUUGGUUCAAGUGCGACGCUUCCCAGCUUCCACGAGAGCCAACGUAUCCGACAAACUUUGUGGACUCAUAUCAGCACCAGCCAGCGGCUACAACUACAACGCCGAAGCCGACGGAUGACUUGAAAGGAUCGAAGGAAGAGUCGCCGAUUCUCACAAAGCGAACUGAGAACAAUGGGAAUCUACACAAAAACGUGUCACCAGUCCUUUCAUCUCAAGCCACCACCAGCUCCGAAGCGAUAUUCCCACCGUCGAAGGAUUUCUCCGACUAUGUCGAGGAUCAAUAUCACAAGAGCAGAGCCUCAUCGAGUAGUCCGACGGACGAGAUUCCAAAGUCUCCAAUCGAAGAUCCAUGGGAUGACGCAUCGGGUAAAUAUGCUCCGCCGAUGGUCCUACUGCAGUCCGACACUCCGGAUCUACCGCUGGUGAUGCAAAAUCACACAGGGAAGCGGUAUGAGGAAGACGAAGUGGAUACGGAUUUGAAAGGACUGCGGAGUGGUGGAAGUCCAGUAUUUGCAAGGCCAAGGUCUCGGAGAGGAAGUCGAAUUGAUGAGAUGGAGGGGCAGUUAGAUAUUCCAGAGUUGAAGCCGUUGAGAUCCGACGACCCUCUGGCCGAACCACUCGACGCGCCGGUUCCGAUCAACAGCAUCAAAGGAUCCGUCGACGAGGAGGAUCGGUGGUCUUCGAGUGAGGAAGGCGAAGUCGACGUUUACUAUAAAAUGAGCGACGAUGAGGAUGUGACGCGGGAGGAGUUGGACUGGAAGAAGGCGAUGGCGAAGGCCGAGCUGGUGAAGGAGGCCGAGUCGCAAGGAAGGAUGCUUCCAGGGUCGGAGGAUCAGCAGGAUCUCAAGGAUUUGAACAAGAAACGAACAGAGACACCUCCAUCCUCUCCGAUUCAGAAUCAUAUUCAGAAUCACUUGAAUCACAACACCGAGUCUGAUUCGGAAGAAGAGGAAGAGCCCGCCAGGGUACAGGAUGACGGAAAAGACGCCGAAAUCGCCGAAAAAGAUGACGAUUUCGUGUACGAACGUCUCCGAGAGGAACUUUCUCCCCAGCCUCCGAUUGUCGUGGAUUUAGACACUGACUUAGAUUUUGUGCCGAUGAAGUCACUACCACCACCGCCACCAGGAAUGUUCCCUGAUUCUCCACCAGAAUCCGGUUCGGGAUCCAAUAAUCAAAUGCAUCAUCAACGGAGUCAGGAGAUGAGCGAAGAGGAUGAAGAUGAUCUUCGAUAGCGUUUUUGAUCCAUCAUUUUCCCCCCAUAAAUAUAUGUAUUUUUUGCCUUUUCAAAUUGCUCAAAUCAAUCUUUCGACCCCUUUUUCUUUUCCCCCCCAAAAUUUUUAUAUUUUCCUAUUUAUUAAAAAUUGUAAAAAAAUACUUAAAAUUUUAAAAACCAAUUUUUCGUCGUUUCUCGCUUUUUAUCACCCCGGUGUAGAAUAAAAUUAGAUUUUUUUUGGCUCGUAGUAGAUUUUUUUUAUUUUUUCAAAAUAAAUUACCCUCUCUUUCCCCCAAUCCCGUGUGCCUGUAAG